CCGGGGCGGGGCCCCGGCCUCCCAGGUGGCGCGUUCCAGGGACCUCUGCCCUGGCGACCCUCUCUCUUCCGGGCGGCUGCUGCCCCUUGUCCUCCCGCUGUUUUCUCCGCACCUGAGGGCCAGGCUGGGCAUGGCCUCGGCCACUGUGGCAGCAGCAAGACGGGGCCUCGGACGGGUCCCCCCGCUCCUCCUCCGGCGCUACUACCAGACCGAGCGGGGCGUUUACGGCUACCGGCCGAGGAAGCCCGAGAGCCCGGAGCCUCGGGGCUGCCUGGCGCGCCCCCCAGUCGAUCAUGGCCUUGCCAGGUUGGUGACAGUCUAUUGUGAGCAUGGUCAUAAAGCUGCCAACAUCAACCCCCUCUUCACUGGACAAGCCCUGCCGGACAGUGUGCCUGAGAUCCAUGCCCUCGUGCAGACCCUGCAGGGACCCUUCAACACCACAGGAUUGUUGAACAUGGGAAAGACAGAGGCCUCACUUGAGGAAGUGUUAGCCUAUCUCAACCAAAUCUACUGUGGGCAGAUUUCCAUUGAGACCUCCCAACUGCAGACCCAGGAGGAGAAAGACUGGUUUGUCAAACGGUUUGAGGAACUGAAAAAGGAGACAUUUACCACAGAGGAGCGAAAACAUCUGUCAAAACUGAUGCUAGAAUCUCAGGAGUUUGACCACUUUUUGGCCACCAAGUUUGCCACAGUGAAGCGCUAUGGAGGCGAAGGGGCUGAAAGCAUGAUGGGCUUUUUCCACGAGUUGCUGAAAAUGUCUGCCUACAGCGGGAUAACCGAUGUCAUCAUCGGGAUGCCCCAUAGAGGCAGGCUUAAUUUAUUGACAGGCCUUCUGCAGUUCCCCCCAGAGCUGAUGUUCCGUAAAAUGCGAGGCUUAAGUGAAUUUCCGGAAAAUUCCUCAGCCAUCGGCGAUGUCCUGUCACACCUGACCUCGUCUGUGGACCUGGACUUUGGUGCACACCAUCCCCUCCAUGUGACAAUGCUGCCUAAUCCCUCACACCUCGAAGCCAUCAACCCUGUAGCUGUUGGGAAAACUCGGGGCAGGCAGCAGUUGCGACAAGAUGGGGACUAUUCCCCAGACAGUUUGGCCCAGCCUGGGGACAAAGUCAUUUGCUUACAGGUACAUGGUGAUGCUUCUUUCUGUGGUCAAGGGAUUGUUCCUGAAACAUUCACGCUCUCCAAUCUCCCGCAUUUCAGAAUUGGUGGGAGUAUCCAUCUGAUUGUCAAUAACCAGCUGGGUUACACCACUCCGGCAGAGAGAGGAAGGUCUUCUUUAUAUUGUAGUGACAUUGGGAAGCUUGUGGGCUGUGCCAUCAUCCAUGUCAAUGGAGACAGCCCAGAGGAAGUGGUCCGUGCCACACGACUGGCUUUUGAAUACCAGCGCCGAUUCCGCAAGGAUGUGAUUGUUGAUUUGCUCUGCUACAGGCAGUGGGGACACAACGAGCUGGAUGAGCCUUUCUUUACCAACCCAGUCAUGUACAAAAUCAUCAGAGCCCGCAAGAGCAUUCCAGACACAUAUGCAGAGCACCUUAUGGCCAAUGGACUCAUGACCCAGGAGGAGGUGUCUGAAAUAAAAGCUUCCUACUAUGCCAAGUUAAAUGACCACUUAAGUAACAUGGCCCACUACAGCCCUCCUGCCACUAACCUGCAGGCCCAUUGGCAGGGCCUGGUCCAGCCAGAAGCUCAUAUCACCACCUGGAACACAGGUGUGCCCCUCGACCUCCUGCGGUUUAUUGGCAUGAAGUCUGUGGAGGUGCCCAAGGAACUCCAGAUGCAUAGUCACCUUCUAAAGAUGUAUGUGCAGUCCAGAAUAGAGAAAGUGAUGGACGGGACAAAACUAGACUGGGCCACGGCAGAAGCUCUUGCCCUGGGUUCCUUACUUGCUCAAGGUUUUAACGUCCGUCUGAGCGGCCAGGAUGUUGGCCGUGGAACUUUUAGUCAGAGACAUGCGAUGGUGGUUUGUCAGGAGACCGAUGACACCUACAUCCCUCUGAACCAUAUGGACCCUAAUCAGAAGGGCUUUCUAGAGGUCAGCAACAGCCCCCUGUCAGAAGAGGCCGUCCUGGGAUUCGAGUAUGGAAUAAGCAUUGAAAGCCCAAAGUUACUGCCUCUCUGGGAGGCGCAGUUUGGUGAUUUCUUCAAUGGUGCCCAGAUCAUCUUUGACACGUUCAUUUCUGGAGGAGAGGCCAAGUGGCUCCUACAAAGUGGUAUUGUUGUCCUCCUUCCACAUGGCUAUGACGGGGCUGGACCAGAGCACUCAUCUUGUCGCAUAGAGCGUUUCUUGCAGAUGUGUGACAGCCUGGAAGAGGGGGUGGAUGGAGACACCGUGAACAUGUUCGUGGUCCACCCCACUACUCCUGCACAGUAUUUCCACUUGCUUAGGAGACAGAUGGUCCGGAACUUCAGGAAACCCCUCCUUGUUGCUUCUCCUAAGAUGUUACUCAGGUUUCCUGCAGCUGUGUCGACUCUUCAAGAAAUGGCACCAGGAACAACAUUCAAACCGGUCAUUGGUGAUUCAUCUGUGGAUCCAAAAAAUGUUAAGACACUUGUAUUCUGCUGUGGCAAACAUUUCUAUGCCCUGCUGAAGCAAAGAGAAUCUUUGGGGGCCAAAAAGCAUCACUUUGCCAUUAUCCGAAUAGAAGAACUCUGCCCUUUCCCCUUGGAUUCGUUACAACAAGAGAUGAGCAAAUACAGACAUGUUAAAGAUUUUAUUUGGAGUCAGGAGGAACCUCAGAACAUGGGUCCAUGGUGUUUUGUUUCUCCAAGGUUUGAGAAGCAAUUGGCCUGCAAGCUCCGGCUUGUGAGCCGGCCCUCCUUGCCAGCCCCCGCUGUAGGAAUUGGCACACUUCACCUGCAGCAGCAUGAAGACGUGCUCACCAAGACCUUCGCUUGAUGUGGACCUUUGAAGAAAUACCACUUCCUUUUAAGAAAACUGCCAUAAAAAGGAAGCCGGCUUCCUCUACUCUUUCCCCUUCCAUUAGGUGACAUGAAAAAACCACGUUCCUCUAAGAUAUUGGGACAGACAAGGACAACUUAAUCUGCAGUAGGUGGAAUAACCAGGGGAAUUGGUCAUCUAUGCGUGCAUGUGACCUGCAAAUUUAUUCUUAGAAAUACAAUAGUGAGCCUUGUUAACAGCUGGUCAAGAGUUCAGAUCCUCAUACUGGCCAGCCACCAAAACCAAAACCAAAACAAAACCAAAAACAGUAGUGUUGUUUUGGUUAGAUCUGAGUGAGUCAGAGAACUAGAUCCUUAUUUAGAUUUUUCCAGACUCCACUCUGAUUAACCAUGCACAAGCAGGAAGAGUUCUCUAGCCUGGGUUGUAGAGCCACGUGUAGAUGACCUCAAUACUCCCUCUCCAUUUGGUGUGUGUCACUUUCAUUAAUUUUUUCCCUGCCUUUCUCAAAGUCCUGUGACUACCAAUAUUUUCAUUUUAUGUAAUCUCUGGUGCUGCUUUCCAGCCACUGUACAAAAUGUUUCACCAAACACUAGCAAAACUAGGUUAUUCCUGACUUGUGUUCUUCAAGGUAGUUGUUUUACCCAUUAUCCUUAAAUCUAGGUCCUAUUAAGUUCAAAUCUCUAGGUGUAUGAUCUUCUAGCACUGUAUUUUUAAAUUAAGGACUUUUAGCUAUCAUGAAAUUGAUUUAUGGUCUAUUUUGCCAUACCUCCCCCCCCCCCCCGAUUGUUCGUAUAAUGAUAUCUUUCUGUUUUUAACUGACUUGGGUGUCUGAUACAGGGAUUUCAGCCCCUGGUUAAUUAAUCAGUCUUGCCUCUAAAAGUCCCUGCUGCAAUGUGAUGUUUAUUUGUGGUAUUUAAUGAGCACUUUAACUUUGACAGAGGGACCUUCCCAACACCAGAUGCUUGGGUAUUUCUUAGAAGUCAUCAUCUAACUCCCUCAAUCUGAAAUUCAAUCUAGUACCAGAAGUAUAACUAAACAGCAAACUACACAGAGCCUCUGCCUCCUACUGUUCUUGGGACAUGGCACUGUUUUUCUCAGAAGCCAUUAUGGAGUCCUGAGGGACUGGAAUGGGCCCAUGCCCUCUCCACUUUUACCAGCAACUGGUCAUUUUUUUCAGAAUCAGUGUAUAGGUUCUGGCCACAGCAGUGGAUUCAUGAUUCACAUCUUAGAUGUGUGUGUACAUCAGUGUGUUGAUUUAACAUUUCUGUAGUUUACCUUAAUGCUUCAUUUCUGCAUCAAGCCUUAUAAAUUGUGUAACUUACACAACUAACGUAAAACAGUAAAAUUACAAAGGUCUAUUUCAUGAGAACAGUUAUCAACAUUGUAUAUUUAACUAGAAAAAAAUAAA